UAAGAAAGCUUAGAUCGUGAGAAUUCAGUUCAAACUGUAAUCCACCAUGGACAGGGAGACUUGCCAGUUGACGUCACUGCGACUCUCUCGCGUGUUGGAGGACAUAGGCGUCAGUGAGUGGAUGAUUACCAAAAGGAGGAAAAUGUGGCUGAUGGCAGAGACAUUGUGUGAUACAGCCUUUUGUAAUAUACUAGGUGUAGACGCCUUUUUUCAUCACUUUGGUAGUCAGAGUGAGGGGUCAACAACCCCUGGGAUGACCUCGGAUGUUGACAUGUUAGCUUAUACAGACGAAUGUUGUGUGAUUCAAGACUGGAGUGAAUGGCAGCCUCAGAAGAUCAACCAUCUUGUUUUUAAGAAUGAGCGAAUCCCGCCCCAGCACUGCUACAUCCAGGCACACUUGCCUCCACACUAGCUUCAGAGUGCAUACGACUCAGUCGGCCACUUUCUACAGAUAUUGUCAAUCUGUACGAGAUAUCCAUUGACUCUGAUCUUCUAUCAAGUAGACUGAAAUUUGCAUCCAUGUUGUAUUGCACAGGGCAGUAUGUGUCGGCAGCACA